UUAAAAAAGGGCCACAAAAACCAUCCACGUAUAGUAUGCUAUGUGGUAGUUAGAAUGGUAGGUAUACACGCAAUUAAUUGUCCCUUAAAAUAUUCUAUCUACAAAAAAUAAAAAAUAAAAUUUUUAGUAAAAUAUAACUAAACUAGCUAGCUACUGGCAUCAGUCCAUGGGACAAAGAUGAGGUGGUGAGACAGACGAAAAUGCAGAUGCUCCUGUUAGAGAUGUUUUGACUGAUACUUAAAAGAACGAAGUUUUUGGAAUGCGACUACUUUGCAGCCAUCAAGAAAGAAAAGGAGAUUACAAGUGGAGACAAAUGAUAGUAAUGAAAAUGAGAAAGCUGCUUUAGAUUUAAAUAUAGAUGGAAAUCACGAAUCAGAUGAAAAUAACCAGAAUGGAGAAACUUUCACAAGAGAAAGAUGCGUCGUUUCUAGGCUGAGGGAAGAAAAUGAUCCAAGUGAUAUAGAAAUAAACGCUGGCCCUUCGAAAUGAAAAUUAUAUCGUUCAAGAAGAGUCUGAUAAUGACAGCGAUGUUACAAGAUGUGAAGGUCCUGAAAUUGGUGACUAUGUGCUAGCACGAUUCUCUUCUUCGAAAGGAAAGAAAAUGUAUAGAUACGUUUGCGUGAAGAUGUCUGCGAAGAAAGGAAAAUUGUUAUGAAAGGUCUGAAGUCUUACCGAAAAAAUAGGUGAUUGUUUAAGAUUGUGGACGACUUUCGACGCCGGAACCGCACCGGCGCCGGACCGCAAUUAUAUGUAUACGAAUGAAAAUUGCUCAUGGGCCGGACUGCCGCCGCGCCGCGGCCGCGUCGGCGCCGGACCGCCAGAGCGCCGCCAUUUUGUAGACAUUACACGAUGCUCAGUGACAGGUCGCCCGCGCAGAUGUUCACACGUGUGUCAUCAGGCAUUUUAUUAACAUGGAAGAGUUCGAUUAUGACUUACUGAUUAAUUUAGUGCAGGAAAGGGAGGUAUUAUGGGAUAAGACAAGUGAAUCUUAUAAAGAUAAAAGAAAAAAUAUAAAAGCAUGGCAAGAGAUUUGUGUAAUUUUAAAUGAGAAAGAAACAUUGUCCGAUAAAGAAAAAAACAUUUCACAAAUAUUAAACCACACAAAUUACUCCACCACCAGAUGGUUGUCGCUUAUUGAGGUAGUAAAUAGGCUUCUGGAACAAUUACCAGCUAUAAAAUUGUAUUUUCAAGCUGCAGUUCAUGUAGAUAGAUUACUUUCUGCGCAAUCAAUUCUCUCGAAGGCUCUCGAACCGACAACUGAAUUGUACCUGGAGUUUUUGAAAUUUGCAUUACCUAUAUUUACCGAUCUCAAUAAAGAAAUGCAAUCCGAGACUCCGAAAUUAUAUUUACUAUACGACAAAAUAUUGACUGCAUACACAACGAUCUUGGAAUGCUUUGUACAAGCUGAAUAUUUGAAUCUCACUGAACAAGAAAAAAAAGAAGCACAAAAUAUUUUACACGCAAAAGAAACUAAAAUAUUAAACCUUGACUUCUCGAGUGAGCAGAAACAUUUACCGAUGCAACAUAUAUACGUUGGUGGAAUGGUGACAAAUUUGAUCAGAAAAAAGACAGAAAUAGGAGAACUAGAGGAAGAACAGCUGAAAAAUUUCUACUUAAAGUGUAAGGAGUUUUAUAUCGAAGCUGCAAAACAGAUAUUAAAAAGGUUUCCUUUUGACGACAAAGACAAUUCCCUUCCAUUGCAGAUUUACAUUAUUUCUUCCCAAAGAUUUGUCCAAAGUGAUUAUUUUACAAUGGCCAAUUUCGACACGGAAAGGUUCAUAAUUGAAGUUGAAAAUAGAAGAGGUUUAUGGGAUUUAGAAUCAAAUGAUUACUCCAAUAAAGAUGUUAAGCGGCAGUUGUGGCUUGAACUGGUCGAUAUAUUUGGCGGUGAAUCCAUGGAAGAUAAAGAAAAGGCAGAACUUGGCAUUACUCUCCAAAAAAGAUGGAAAAACCUUAGAGACUGUUUCACAAGAGAGCUGCGCCGUCUUAAAGAUGUCAAAAGUGGUUCUGCUGCAAAACGUAAAUCACAAUACACCUAUUUCAACCAAUUACUGUUUUUGAAAUCAGUGCUGGACACAAACGCAACAGAAAAUAGUCUCGAAGAGUUCUGCAUAAGACCAUAG